AUGGCCUCCAUGAAUUUAAAUAAAUAUCGCCAUAUCCAAUAUCAAUUGGAGGAUGCAGAAGAACGUGCAGAUACUGCAGAAAAUUCACUUGCUAAAUAUAGAGCGAAAAGUCGUUCAACAGCAAAUAUUCAAAUGCUUAUAGGUAAAGGAGUUAAGACUUCUGCUUCUACUACAUCAGCACUUCAUAAUAAUGUGCUUUAUUAUCCAAUUCGGCAUUCUUCUGUUGAGCAUAGUUCUUCUCUUCAUAAUACUUCUUUUGGAAACGGAACUCCAUUAUGGACAGCUUCUUCAGCUUUAUAUGCAGUAAAUGGUGAACGUCAAGAAAAUAAUAAGGAAGAAGAAAAUUCAGAAAAGGAUUCAAUAAUAAGUCAUUCAAAUCAAGAAGAGGAUUAA